AUGGCUUGGAUUGACCUAAAAUUCAGCGGACAGUCAGUCCUACCCUGGAAGCCACCGAAAGCCAUACUCAAUGGGAUCAGUGGAUCGGUCGACUUCGGGAGCCUAACCGCACUUAUGGGGCCCUCCGGGUGCGGAAAGUCUACUCUAUUAAAGUGUAUUAACGGCCGAAAUAUGGAGGGCUUAGACUCGGACACCAAAGUCUACCUGAGCUCAGCGAAAAAAAUCCGCUCCUGUUUUAUAGUGCAGAACAUAAAGGAGCACCUGGUGGUCGGUUUGACUGGCCUCCAGUCCCUCAUGUAUGCCUCGAAGCUGAAGAAUGCCGGAGAGCACCAGGAGGUGAACCACAGGAGGUACGCCAGAAAACUGUUGUCCGACCUCUCGAUAGGCGAUACCGAGGGUACAAAUGUGGAGAACUGUUCGGGCGGUGAGCAGAAACGGCUGGCCAUCGCCCAGGAGCUCAUGGCUCUCAGGAAGCCUAACCUCAUGUGUAUAGACGAGCCCACGAGUGGUCUGGACAGCAAUGCCGCCGAAAUUGUAGUACAGGUGCUGAAACAGUUGUCCCGACAGCACGAGAUUGCGAUCGUCACGAGUAUCCAUCAGCCAAAUAACGACACUCUCAUGCUUGUCGAUGGGGUGUAUGUGUUGGCUAAGGGAGGCCUAUGUGUCUACUCCGGACCCCCACUACAGGUGCGCGCCUACCUAAGCGCGGCUCAGUUCGAGUGUAAUGAAAACCAGGUGCCCAUCGAAGUGCUACUGAGAAUAGCCUCCAAAUACGACUCCAGUGUCCAGCGGCUGUCCCACCAGUCCAUGAAAGCCAAGAGUGAGCUGAGGAACCGGUGCCUCGCAGAGGGCCGUCUCUCCCCCAAUGGGGUCGCCAACAAAGGGAACGCCUUUCAGUUGCGGCAAAUGUGGUAUCUA